AGUGUGACCAGUGACAUGAUUUGAGGUCUUAAGCAACAUGGGAAGAGAAGACUGAAGUUCCAUCAUGAUCGGAGGCUUAUUCAUCUAUAAUCACAAAGGAGAGGUUUUAAUCUCUCGAGUCUACCGGGAUGACAUUGGGCGGAAUGCCGUCGACGCCUUCCGCGUCAAUGUCAUCCACGCACGGCAGCAGGUACGCUCGCCUGUCACCAACAUCGCCCGCACAAGUUUCUUCCAUGUCAAGCGUUCCAACAUCUGGCUGGCUGCUGUCACCAAGCAGAAUGUCAACGCUGCCAUGGUAUUCGAGUUUCUUUACAAGAUGUGUGACGUGAUGACUGCCUACUUCGGGAAGAUCAGUGAGGAGAACAUAAAGAACAACUUUGUGCUGAUCUAUGAGCUACUGGAUGAAAUCCUGGAUUUUGGCUAUCCUCAGAACUCUGAAACAGGGGCCCUGAAGACCUUCAUCACUCAGCAAGGCAUCAAGAGUCAGACUAAGGAGGAGCAGUCCCAGAUCACCAGCCAGGUGACUGGACAGAUUGGAUGGAGACGUGAAGGGAUCAAAUAUCGUCGCAAUGAACUCUUUCUUGAUGUGCUGGAGAGUGUGAAUCUCUUGAUGUCCCCCCAGGGUCAGGUUUUGAGUGCCCAUGUCUCUGGCAGAGUGGUGAUGAAGAGUUAUCUGAGUGGAAUGCCAGAGUGCAAGUUUGGCAUGAAUGACAAGAUUGUCAUUGAAAAACAGGGCAAAGGGACGGCGGAUGAAACGGGGAAAAGCGGCAAACAGUCAAUCGCCAUUGACGACUGCACUUUCCACCAGUGUGUGAGGCUCAGCAAGUUUGAUUCAGAGAGGAGCAUCAGCUUCAUUCCACCAGAUGGAGAAUUUGAGCUCAUGAGAUACCGAACCACUAAGGACAUUAUCCUUCCCUUCCGUGUGAUUCCUCUGGUGCGGGAGGUGGGUCGGACCAAGCUGGAAGUGAAGGUGGUGAUCAAAUCAAAUUUCAAACCUUCCUUGCUGGCCCAGAAGAUAGAGGUCCGGAUCCCAACACCCCUCAAUACCAGUGGAGUGCAAGUCAUCUGUAUGAAAGGGAAGGCAAAGUACAAGGCCAGUGAGAAUGCCAUCGUCUGGAAGAUAAAACGUAUGGCUGGAAUGAAGGAAUCCCAGAUCAGUGCGGAGAUUGAAUUGUUGCCCACCAAUGACAAGAAGAAGUGGGCUCGGCCCCCAAUCUCCAUGAACUUUGAGGUCCCGUUUGCGCCCUCUGGGCUGAAGGUGCGCUACCUGAAAGUCUUUGAGCCAAAGCUGAACUACAGUGACCAUGAUGUGAUAAAAUGGGUGAGGUACAUCGGCAGGAGCGGGAUCUAUGAGACCAGAUGCUAGCCCCAGCAGGCUGGCGGGCUCCCUCUUCUCCAAGCCAUCCUCCACCUCUCCUCAGUCUUCAAGUACAUUCAGAGAAAACAUCUGCCUGGCCCCUCUACGCAGAUUGAAAGCCCUUGUGGCUCACCUUGGGAGCAGGCUUGCCUGCCUACGCUCAGUUACCACCCAUGCUGCAGCUGAAGUUCAGAACCCAGUCGCGCGCAGGGGUGCGGUCAGCUUCCUGCUCCCCAUCCCAGGGUGGGGAAGGGCUAGUCUAACUCCCAUCCUCUCGUGAUCUUUCUAGGGAACGUCCACCAUUAAACUCCUCCUCUUCUGUUGGUGUCUCACUA